UUCAUCUAACAUGCUUCAUCUUAUCCGGUUUUUCUCUCUUUCUGCUUUGACUGAUUUCGAUAAACUAGGUCUAGGACUAUUACCUUAAAUCGGAACUUUUUAUUCUAUUACAAUGUUUCUUUUUCUUUUUUGCUUAGAAUAUGUAUUUGACCAACCCAACCAUAUCAACUUAGCAGUCUAUGCUAUCAAGGAUGAAGGAUGCUAAGGGUGAUGAUGUAGAUCUUGCCACUUACAAGGGAAAAGUCCUGCUAAUUGCCAAUGUUGCUUCCAAAUGUGGCAUGACCAACUCAAACUAUGUGGAGUUGAAUCAACUAUAUGAGAAGUACAAAGACAAAGGCCUGGAGAUUCUGGCAUUUCCAUGUAAUCAAUUUGGGGAUGAAGAACCCGGAAGCAAUGAUCAAAUUGUGGAGUUCGUCUGCACACGCUUCAAAUCAGAAUUCCCCAUUUUUGAUAAGAUUGAAGUGAAUGGGGACAAUUCUGCUCCUUUGUAUAAAUUCUUAAAGUUAGGAAAGUGGGGAUUUUUUGGUGAUGAUAUUCAGUGGAACUUUGCAAAGUUUUUGGUUGACAAGGAUGGGCAAGUGGUGGAUCGUUAUUAUCCCACGACUUCUCCUCUUAGCCUUGAGAGAGACAUCCGUAAGCUACUUGGUAUUGUAUGAAACUAUGAAUGCAAGGAUGCACGAGCAUGUCUAAGCAUCUGUUCUUGUCUUUUUUGUGUUUCCUUUGCCAAGUCUUAAUUUUGUGGAUAAAGCUUUUUGCCAAACUGAACAAGACCUGCUUAUCGUGCCUGGUUUUAUUGGGAUGAACCAACCUGGAAUAAUGAUGAAGUUAGUUUUUUUGGACCAAAUAAAUAGUCAUUAGCUUGAAUCAUCCCUACCCCCAGUUUUCAUAAGAAAUUCUUUUUUUUUUCAGUUAAAUUAUAACAAUCAACUUCCUUUAUGUCAAAUAUUAUAAAA